AUGGUGGUCUUUGAUGUCUGUGCUCCAGCAGGUUUGGUUUUAGAACGCCUCGCUGACUUUGAAAACUACCCUGCGAUGAUCCCGGUGGUGCGAAAGGCCACGGUGCAUUUCAGCCACGUGGCGGAUGAUGGGACGCUGACAGCGCACUGCAGCUACCGGAUCUCUCGUUUCUACCUGUCAGUGGCUAUUGUUCACAGUGUCAGCAGAGAAGAGGGGCUUGUUCGCUUCGAUUUGGACCCCACAGUGUCGGCAAUGAUGCUCAAGGAAGUGACCGGCUUUUGGUACGUGGAGGCCCUCGAGUCCGAUGGAUCCGAAGGUCGUAGCCGCGUUUGGCUGCGGGUCGACCUUUGCGCGGCGAAUUGGCUGCCUCAUUGGCUGAUUGAUUAUGCCUCUGAGCGGGCUUUAACACGCGCCACUGCUUGGCUGAAGCCCAAUGUCGAAGAGCUUUGGCCGCUUGGAUGA